UGGAUUUUUUUAAUUGUUGUGUUUGCUCAGAUUAUUAGGGGCAAUACAGCGGGCGUAAAAUUCAGGGGCAGUGCAAAAAUAAGGCACAUGCAUGGGUCUGGGGCAGCACAUGCUGGGACCAAUUACCCCCGUGAGCAUAGGCUGUGAGUCAAGUACUGUGCUGUGCUAUAAUAAUAAUAAUAAUAAUAAUAAUAAUAAUAAUAUAUUUUCUUUCUAUAAAAUGGAAUGGGGGGGUCUCUACAAGGAUGCAAACUAAGGAGAGAAAAUGAGGCCAUUCUGCACAGUCGUUGUGUUUCUGGUUUGCUUCUAUUUUUCUAUGCUGGGUGUUUUGGGAGAUAUUUGCACAGCAUCUUCUUAUGGUCCUCCCUAUAUACCAACCAGAUGCAAUGGUGACAGACAGGAUCAAUUCCCACCGGGUAACCUCUUUGUGGCUGUUAGUGAAGGCCUGUGGGACAAUGGCGCAGCAUGUGGUCGGAGAUACCGCCUGCGAUGCUUAAGCGGCAACAAUAAGCCAUGCAAAGAUGGCACUAUAGACGUGAAAGUGGUCGAUUAUUGUAAAUCUUUUCCAUGCCCGUCCACGCUUCAAAUGUCGAGCAAUGCAUUCCAAGCCAUCUGCAACAGCCCCAACGCAAAAAUCAACGUUGAAUACAUACAGAUUUAAUGGGAGGAUACGCCAUAAUGCUUGCAUUUGUUUCCGUUUCUGAAUUCUCACCAUAGCUAGCACAGAAGGAUGGGAUGCUUUUCGCUGGUUUGUCAACUCAUGCAACAGAUGAAAUAAAGAAGUUUAAAAGC